CACACACUGCAUUUCCCUACAGAGACGACUCACGCAGCCUCCCCAUGUCAGUUCAUUGCCGCGCAUGGACGUUUUUGUCCUCCAGGUGGAUCCCGGCUUUCGCUUCCGGGUCCAUCCCUUAAUGUUUAGCCCAAGAUCCUCUCACACUAACACACACACACACACACAGGGGAGCAAAGGGAUUACAAAGGCACAGGGACCCAUAUGCUGCACGAGGAUGGAGGCGAGAAAGCGCAAUGCCAGGAGAGCACUAGGUAGUAAUGACCCAGGUACCGGCGCAGACCUCGGGGCGCCGGCAGCGCCGAGCCGCCCCCUCGCUACCGUAGCCCGUCUCUACGUGUACGCACUGCACGGCUGCCUCUGCGAGGUGGCCUUCACCGCCGCGUUGGACUGGUGGUACACCCGCGACUGGAGGCUGGCGGGCCACAGCAGCUUGUGGGCGCUGCCCAUGUACGCCGCCGCCAUCUACCUGAUGGAGGUCAUGAGAGGCCGGCUGCUGGCUCGCCGCCUCGCGCUCCCGGCGCGCCUGGCGGCCUACACCGGGUUCAUCUACCUGUGGGAGUUCAGCUGCGGGGCGGGGCUGACUUUGCUGGGGGCCUGUCCCUGGGACUACUCCCAUUACACGUACAACCUGGCGGGACUGGUGACUCUGGAGUACGCUCUGCCCUGGACUGUGGCGGCAUUCAUAGCUGAGCAGCACGUGAUCGAGAACACGCUGAGGAUAAGACUCAACUGAUACCAGACUGGACUGGGGCGCCGCCAAAAGGAGCGGCGAGGCAUUUAUGGUUGAUGCACAUGUUGCACGUCCCUGUGUUGCGCCAUUAAAUCGGACAUUUUUUUCAGUUUAACUGUUGUCUGUGUUUUCUUUCCCCUUUCAAAUUAAGAUAAGACGGAGCCAUCGCAUGCUGUGAAAACUGAUUUGUUAGCAUAAUGUAAUCGUUAUAUUUGUUGGUUUAGAAAGGACUGGUCUGGGAUUUGUUCAUUCGCUUUAUGCUCAGUCAGAUACUUAAGACUUCAACUAUUUCUUCAAACAUUUGAUUUGUUUUAAUCAUAUAGCGUAAAGCUAAAUACCCAGACUCAGUCUCCUGUAUGUGUUACGUGAAUACACACUUUAAGCCAAAGUUAAUAAAAAAGAACCAGUGUUCAGGAUUUAUAACUAUGUUUUUAUUCAUACAUAAUCACCUGAAACUAUUGUCAUUACCAAGACGUAAGGGAUCUCCAUCCAUCCAUCCAUCCAUCUUCAAACCACUUAUCCUGCACACAAGGUCGCUGGAGUCACUCGCAGGGCUGACACAGAGACAACCAACCAUUCACACUCUCAUCCACACACCUACAGGUAAUUUAGAGUCACUCUGAAUAGAAUCAACCUGAUCCCCGGCGCAGAAAUUCACUCAAACAAUCAAUUUAUUAUUCCUGAUGUAUUUAGCUCUUUAGUGAUCAUUCGUUCAGGCUAUAUUAGUAACUUUUCUUGAAUAUACACACAGGAAGCAAAUCCCAGACUCCAUUUGGCCGCGUAGUUAAUAACCAGUUUAAAUGACUGAUAAAUAAAAAAGAGGCCGCUAAGAUUAACUGGACCUGCAACACAAGAAUGUAAUUUGACGACAUGGGAUUGUUUGUAAAAACCUAGACUCAUAGUGUUGUGUGUUGGUUUUUGUUUUUGGCCUGUGUAGUUGCAUAUAAUAAAGCUUUUAACUGAAA